CCAAUAGCAGAAAAGCACGUAAAACUCGCAGUAUACUGCAUGCUAGGGUCCAGGGAGCUUAUUGAAUGCUGUGAGAGUUCAGUUGAAAUUACGGCCGGGAGAUCUUGGACAAAUUCAAUCCAGAAAAACGUUGGAUUGCUAUGAGAAAUGGCUUCAUUUUAUAUGGCUGUGUCCAUGUGCAUAUUUUACUGCAUCUGUUUGAUUUUACAUGCCGUCCACCUCGAAGCAAAGGUGACAGACCCGCACAGGGAACCGUCAAAAUGCGAAGUUUGUAAGUUUGUAGCCACUGAGCUACAGGAUACGAUGGCUGAUACAGGGAAAACCUCUGACGUCCUCCAUCUUGGGUAUCGGAUAGAUCAACCUAAGAGACACAUCAAAUACAGACUAUCAGAGCUGAGAUUACUGGAGACUUUAGAUGAGGUUUGCCCCAAGAUCCUACAAUAUAACAUCCAUGCUGAGAGACACAAUUCAAGAAGAUUCUCCAAGGGCAUGAGUGAAACCAUGGGAACGCUUCAUGGCCUUGUCGAUAAAGGGGUCAAAGUUGAACUAGGCAUACCGUUAGAGAUGUGGGAUGAGCCGUCUGCUGCAGUGACUAAGAUGAAGCAAUAUUGUGAUACUAUGGUGGAACAACACGAGGAGGCGAUAGAGAACUGGUUCUUCAAGACCGACCAAGAGAAACCUUUGUUGGAGUAUCUUUGUCGGGAGAGGGUAUUACCUAAAGAAGAGUCAGAAUGUCUAGACGAGGAAUGGACAGGGAAUGAGAAAGUAGAUUACAACAGGGAGGCUGAGGAGGAGAGAGAGGAGGAAGAAAGGGAGGCGAAGUUGAAGAAAGAGAGAAAGAAGAAAAAGAAGCAGGAGAAGCUAGCGAGGGAGAAGGCGGCCAAGAAAGCCAAAGGAUUGACGAAAGGCGAGGAGGAGGAUGAGCUGGAGGACGAUGAUGACGUGGCGGAGAGGAAGAGGCAGAUGAGGAAAGAGAUGGCAAGACAGAAGAAAAAAAAAUCACCGAAAGAGAUGAAUAGAGAAAAAAAUGAGGAUAUUUCCAAACAACUCAAAAAGAGGAAAAAGAAGACAGAAUUAUGAGGAAUAUAUCAUGUGAAUUCAUGAUAACAUACCUUUGAUAUAUUGUCUAAAAAAUAUUCAAUAUUCUAACCUCCAGAAGUUUGCAAACAAUCAGGAAAAAAUUGAAUUCCAAUCCAAAAGGGUGUGAUCAUCUGAUUCUUCUACCCUCUAAAUUAUUCUUGCCAUUGGGGAAAACUAUGACUGUUUGCACAAUGUAGGUAUAACAGAGUAACCCCACUUUGUCUACACAUUUUAAUGCUACUUAUAGUGUAUUGUGACUAAAUUCUACAAGAAAAUAUUUUAUGAAUGAUUUUAGAAGCAACAAAUUGCAAUGAAAUACAAGGUUUUGUUACAAUGUAAGUACUUAAAUACUUAAUAGGGACUUUUAGAUUUGCGUAGACUGAUACGUGUGACGUCCAUUCAAGGCAGUGCAUUAAAAGGACGUCGAUCAUAGCAAUCCCCAUUGUCCUCGUGCGAAUCUAAAAGUCCCUAAUGUCAAAUUCUUGAAUACAUACUAUCAGAGUCUUGGAUACUUAUUGUCAAUGUAUUGUUGUAACUGAGCAAAAAUAUAUGAUUACAUUUAAUUAAUUCAUAAUUAGAAACUGACAAUCAGUAAAGUGCACAAAUAUUGGAGUGAAUAUGAGUUAUAUGAUUUAUUGGUAUGAACUAUCACUUGUGGAGUAUAGAUGCUUAUAUCCAUGAAUACAGUCUAUGCACAGGGAAUUGCUCCUGAUCAAAAUUUAUAUUUAUAAGUCUGUUAUUAAGCUGAACUGUUUAAAAAAAAAUCUUUUUGCCUUCUUUAAUUAGACUAGUGGUUU